CUACAUAGUAGGUUCAUUACCGAUCGGAAAAAGACGCUCUCAAAUUCCGUGGACUCUCGCUUCUUCUCACUCAUCGGCCGUCGUGAAUCUGUGGAUUGUGGAAUCUAGAGAAGGAAAGCAUCAUAAAUUGAACAACGGCCUUUCUCUCGGAUGGCGACUGCUAUUCUCAAGAAAACCUUCAAUUCCUUAAACCCUAACGAUAUAAUCCUCCGAUCCCUAUCUUCCUAUGCCGCAGCUGCUGCAACUAACGCUGGACAACCUCAGACCGACGACACGCCUUCCUCAUUCACCUUCUCGCCAGAUCAGAAUGACGAUAGUAAUGACAACAGCAAGGGAAAUAGCGGUGGCAGCGAUGAUAUAUACAUCAAGUCUAAGAAACCACCGCCUUCGACCUCAGUGACCAUGCCGAUGUCGUUCAUGACUGGAUCAAUAGUUGGGAAGAGGUUCUACAAGCAAGUGACGACCAGAGCAGCCGAUGACGGUAAUGGUUGGUCGGUGAUGCUUGAUUACAGGACACUUAAAACCCCUUCUAAGAGGCCUCUCAAAUGCACUACUCUCGCUCUUGCCAAAGCUAUUGCUGCCGAAUGGGAGUACCAGCUUUCAGAUGGAAUUAGGCCAUUCACGAUGCCUCUAAUGAAACUUGCAUGCACUGCUUUGGAAAGAGUUCCCCUCACUAGGUCGAAGAUUAUCGAUAAUUUAUUGCAAAGGUUUCAUCAAGAUUUGGUCUUUUGCCGCGCCCCAGAUGAUGAUGUGUUAACAAGUGGUGUCCAUGAAUUACAAGUGAAGAAAAUUGAUCCUCUACUUGAGUGGGUGGAAUCCGAGUUUGGCUUCAAACCCGUCGUAUAUUCCAGCUUUUUUGGGGGCAAGCAGGAGGAUGGUUUUGUAAAUGCCAUAAAAACCCUUCUUAAAGAAACCAAUGAUUGUGAACUCGCGGCAAUUGAUGCACUUGCCUCGGCAUCACAUUCGUUAAUAAUUUCCAUUGCGAUCUUUCGUGGGAAACUACAGAUUGAGGAGGCAAUUGAAUUGAUUAGACUCGAAGAAGAUAUGCAGGUCGAAAAGUGGGGUCUGGUAGAAGGCGGUCAUGAUCUUGAUGUUGCAGACCUUAAGGUCCAGGUCUCAUCUGCUGCUGUUUUCCUCGGCCUUACGAAAAGAGGUGAACGAUGCACAAGCCAGAGGUCUUUAUUGAAACAACUGCUCUAGUUUUUGGGGUAGAGGGCACGUCUACUUACAUUACACCCUACAGAUCCCACCUCCAGGUGGUUUUGGUUAAUAAAAGGUAUCCACAUCAUCGAAUGUCAUAAGAUCCACAUGUUAAAAUGGUAUAAAUAGGAAAUUUUGAGCCUUAUUGUAUUUUGAUGUAUUUUAUUUGAAGAUCAUACCAUAAUUUAAGGUUCAUCCUCACAGCAUUGGAUGC